GAUAAAAAUGGCGUGACGGUUGGGAGCAAAGAGGAAGUAGAAACGGCGUGGCUGUGUGAUCCAAGAAUUGUUGAAAGAAGAAGGUGGUUCAUCAUGUCGGCCUUGAAACUGGGCACCACUGCUUUCAUCUGCGCCCGCACAGCCACCAAGCCCAAGCCCAAGCCCAAACCCCUCCUAUGGACACCCAACAGAGCCUCACCCCUACACUCCCGCAGGUACAUGCCUCCCCUUCCCAAAAACCAAAUCCUAGGGUUCACACUCAGAAACAAAGUCGCAUGUUUGGGAAGGGCUGGUCUUGCCACUGAUUUGGGUUCACCACAGCCACACGUCCAACCUCAGCCCCACCCCCCAGAACCUGAACCUGAACCUGAACCUUCCAAAUUGCUUACGUUGCCAACAAUUUUGACACUAGGCCGUGUCGCCGCUGUGCCACUUCUCGUAGCUACUUUCUACAUGGACGGUUGGCGUGGAACUGCUGCCACUACAACUAUUUUCGUCGCUGCAUCACUCACAGAUUGGCUUGAUGGCUAUCUUGCUCGCAAGAUGAAGUUAAAAUCUUCGUUUGGUGCUUUCUUAGAUCCAGUAGCUGACAAGCUUAUGGUUGCUGCCACACUGGUCUUAUUGUGUACGAGACCUUUGGAUGUUGGUGUGUUUGGACAAGCACCGUGGCUGCUGACUAUACCUGCGAUUGCCAUAAUUGGUAGAGAGAUAACCAUGUCUGCAGUCAGGGAAUGGGCUGCUUCCCAGGAUAGCAAGCUUUUAGAGGCUGUUGCUGUAAAUAACUUGGGGAAGUGGAAAACAGCCUCACAAAUGACAGCAUUAACCAUCCUUCUUGCGACCCGGGACUGGAGCCAUGGAGGAGGAGCUGCCAUUGUAGUAGGCUCUGGUGUUGGUUUGCUUUAUACUUCAGCAGGGCUUGCCAUAUGGUCGUUAGUUGUAUAUAUGAAGAAAAUAUGGAAGGUGUUGUUGAGGUAACAUGCAUGAUGCUCCAUGUAUUCACAUACAUCCACUUCUCUCGUGGGUUCGAUUCUUGCAAACAUUUACCUUUGUCAUGAAAGGGCGGCUGCAUUUUUAGUGACAUGUAAAUGUAAAAAAAAAUUUCCUGCGCAAUUUCUAACCACAGUGCCAUUUCUCCUACUCCCGUUUGUUAUCUGCACAAGUUUUUGGUCCUCGAUCAUCCUAUCCUAGGAGAGAAAAAAAUAAGGGCCACUAGCCAUAACGUUACAGCAGUGAUUUUUUUUUUUU